AUGAAGUUGGAAUCUUGCUCAUCUCCAAAGCAGAUUCAUAUAAUGCUCGUGUCGUUUCAAGGACAAGGCCACGUCAAUCCUCUUCUUCGUCUCGGCAAGCUAAUCGCUUCAAAGGGAACACUCGUCACCUUCGUCACUACGGAGCUUUGGGGCAAGAAAAUGAGACAAGCCAACAAGAUCGUCGACGGUGAGCUUAAACCGGUUGGUUCCGGUUCGAUCCGGUUUGAGUUUUUCGACGAGGAAUGGGCAGAGGAAGACGCCCGGAGAGCUGAUAUCCCUGUGUACCUUUCACACCUCGAGCAAAUCGGGAAACGAGAAGUGUCGAAGCUCGUGAGGAGAUACGAGGAAGAGAACGAGCCGGUCUCGUGUCUGAUCAACAACCCGUUUAUCCCAUGGGUUUGCCACGUGGCGGAAGAGUUCGACAUUCCCUCUGCUGUUCUCUGGGUCCAGUCUUGUGCUUGUUUCUCUGCUUAUUACCAUUACCAAAACAGCUCUGUCUCUUUCCCGACAGAGGAAGAGCCUGAGCUUGAUGUUAAGCUUCCUUGCGUUCCACGCUUGAAACACGACGAAAUCCCUAGCUUCCUCCUUCCUUUGUCUUCUCACUUCUCCGGUUUGCGGGAAGCCAUUCUUGGACAGUUCAAGAAUCUAAGCAAGCCCUUCUGUAUCUUGAUCGAUUCAUUUGACGCAUUGGAACAAGAAGUCGUCGACUACAUGUCGAGUCUCUGCCCGGUCAAAACCGUUGGACCGCUUUUCAAAGUCGCCAAGACGUUGGCCUCUGACGUAAGCGGUGACAUCUGCAAACCGGCGGAUCAAUGCCUCGAGUGGCUAGACUCGAGGCCGAGAUCAUCUGUCGUCUACAUUUCCUUCGGGACGGUUGCGUAUUUGAAGCAAGAGCAGAUCGAUGAGAUCGCUCAUGGAGUUUUGAAGUCGAGUUUGUCGUUCUUGUGGGUGAUUAGACCUCCAUCGCACGAGCUCAAAGUCGAGACUCAUGUCUUGCCUCAAGAGAUAAAAGAAGAGAGUGAUAGAGGCAAAGGGAAGAUUGUGGAAUGGUGUCCACAAGAGCAAGUCUUGGCUCAUCCAUCAGUGGCGUGUUUCGUGACUCAUUGUGGAUGGAACUCGACGAUGGAGGCUUUGUCUUUGGGAGUUCCGGUGGUUUGCUGUCCUCAGUGGGGAGAUCAAGUGACGAACGCGGUUUAUCUGAUUGAUGUUUUCAAGACGGGAGUGAGGCUUGGCCGUGGAGUAGCGGAGGAGAGAGUUGUUCCUAGGGAGGAAGUGGCGGAGAAGCUUUUGGAAGCGACGGUUGGGGAGAAGGCGGAGGAGUUGAGGGAGAAUGCUUUGAAAUGGAAGGUGGAGGCGGAAGCGGCGGUGGCUCCUGGAGGUUCAUCGGAGAAGAAUUUCCGGGAGUUUGUGGAGAAGUUAGGGGUUAAAGAGAACGGACGCUAG